AUGAUUGGUGUGCCCCUCAAUCUCGUAUGGGAAACAUGCGUCACGCUCCAAGACACCCGCAAGACAUACCGCAACAACGGAGUCCUACUAGAGCAGCAUAAUCACCAUGUCCCCGGCUCAUUCCAAGGAUUGGUGUCAGUAAAAAACACUGCGCCCAAUAUGCCGAUAGAAGGCCUCAAGAAACCCCGCGCGAAGCACGCGUGUAGGGAGUGCAACUCUCGGCGCAUCCGUUGCAAUGUUACCGAACGCCACCCUUGCUCCAACUGCGAGACCUCACAGGCAACUUGCGAAGUCCUGCCUUCACGCAGAGGCCGGUACCCACGGAGGUCCAAGAAGCAGAAGCAGGUGGAAGAGGCAUCAUCGGCGACCCCAGAACCUAUCAUUGCCGCUUCUUCGGCGGCUCCGCCUUCGGCUCUCACUUCCGCUGUGGCAGCGACCUUGGCGUCCAUGAGCACUGCGUCACCCUCUCUUGGGCUAUCCAGCUCCGGGGCUUCGCAGACUCCAUAUGCCGACACGCCCGUGUCGGUGCAUUCUACAGGCGCGACGACAGGAGGCAGUCGCUUCUUUGGGGAGUCCAACUUUAUCACGCUUGUUCCCGGAGCCUCUGAGACUGGUGCUGAAGCAGUCGUCGGUGACGGGGCCUUGAAGGGUCGUCUGACCUUCCCAGUCCCUCAGACGCCGCAAACUGACCUUGCUACAUCACCUGCCAGUACAAACCACAUCAGCUCGGCGACGGAGCGAUACCUUCGGGAUGAGGGCGCGCUUACCUUUCCCGACAUGCAGAACUGCCUGCCGGCUUUGCGUGCCUACUUUAAGUGGUUCCAUCCGUGCUUUCCCAUACUCGAUCGUGCAGAAGUUGCACGGCGUCUUGUCACGAUGGAGAUCUCGCCUCUGCUGCUACAGGCCAUGCUGUUCAUCGGUUCGACCUAUUGUGACGAAGCGACUAUUGUUGCCAUGGGAUUCAAAGAUCGUUCCGAAGCCAAGAGCAUGACUUACUCACGAGCACGUGUACUCUUCCACUCUAAUUGGGAGAAAGAUGAGUUUACCCUUAUCCAAUCUCUAUUUCUUUGUAGCUUCUGGAGAGGCGGACCAACAGACUGGAGAGAUGUGAGAUAUUGGCUAGGGGCAGUAUUGACCCUCGCUCAGACGCAUGGUCUCCAUAGAUCGUAA